AGUACAUCACGAUAUUCGUGACGUCAUCAACAACAGGGAAAGACGGAAGAGGUCUUUCACAAGAACUGAUUGUUUACUUUCUCAACAUUCUUUUAAGUCGUGUUAUUUCAUAAACUAUUCAUUAUGCCUCUCGAGUGGUUAUUUGGGCGUAAAAAGACGCCAGAGGAAUUAUUGCGCCAGAACCAGAGAGCUCUCAAUAAAGCCAUGAGAGAUCUGGACAGAGAGAGGUCAAAGAUGGAGCAACAAGAGAAGAAGGUCAUUGCCGACAUCAAAAAGAUGGCCAAGCAGGGUCAAAUGGAUGCUGUGAAAGUGAUGGCAAAAGACCUUGUCCGUACUCGGCGCUAUGUGAAGAAGUUCAUCACGAUGAGAGCAAACAUCCAGGCAGUGUCACUAAAAAUUCAAACACUGAAGUCUAACAAUGCAAUGGCACAAGCUAUGAAGGGCGUUACAAAAGCCAUGGCAACCAUGAACAAACAGCUGAAGCUGCCUCAGAUUCAGAAGAUUAUGAUGGAGUUUGAAAAGCAGUCCGAGAUCAUGGACAUGAAGGAAGAGAUGAUGAGCGACGCUAUUGAUGAUGCCCUCGGAGAUGAGGAGGAUGAAGAAGAGAGUGAUGCUAUCGUGUCUCAAGUUUUGGAUGAACUAGGCUUACAAAUGGCUGAUGAAUUAUCAGGUCUGCCAACUGCCAACCAGACUCUCACUGUCGGAGCCGCCAAACAACCCCAAGCUGCUGCCGCCGCUGAUGUCAGUGCUGCAGAUGCUGAUCUUGAAGCAAGGUUAAAUAAUCUGAAGAGACAGUAAGACUUACAGAAUCUGUGGAAUGAUACAAGAGUGAUAUUGCCUGAGAGCAACCUCCCUGUCGACAACAUCUUGGUGAUGACAGCUGCUAUGUGAUCAAGGACAAACUUGAGUGUAGAUUGUCAUGGAAACAAGUCAUCGGCAAGAUAAAGGUCUUGCUCACACAGUGUUGGCAUAUUGUAGUGUUUAAUUAAAAACUACAUCUUCAGUUCAGUUCGGGAAAAGAGCAUGGUCUGUUUCAUAGUCAUGAAAGUGGCCGUCACAGAGGGAAGCACUACAAAACAGUUUACACGUUAUAACAUUGUCAGUUAGCUUAAUAUAAGAUCAUUCAAAAUGUGUAAGAUUCAUUGGGGCUUAUAAAAACUGUUUCUCCACUUUAUGAUCGAGUUUCGUUCCAAAGUCCUUCAUUUUUCGUCUUUUAAGUUACUCUGUGCAUAAUUGAGUUUUUGUCUGAUUAGUGGCUGUUAUCCAUCCUAGGGGUUUAGCAAUUAUGUAUAGGUUUAAUUAAUUUUCCAGUGAUGACAUGUUAAUUCUGUUCCAUAUACAUGGGACCUGUGCCAAUGAGUAUUGAAGAAAGCUCGUGUUAGUCUGUAUGAGCUCACAUGAAAUGAUCAGUUGAUAAAGUGUAAUGCUUACAUGUAAUGUUAAUGUACAAAGGUUGAUAUUAGGUGUUUGUCAGUACUGUCAUGCCUGCUUGUUAAAGAGACAUUGUUAUUAUGUGUGAUUUGAUCAUAUUUAUUGAUCUGGCAUGUUUGGUCAGUAGCAUAGCAUUAGAAUAGGAGGGUAUGGUUUCUUUCAUAAUUAAACAUAAUACAGAAUAAAAAUUCCAAAGCUUUUGAGAAUUAGAAAUAGUACAGUACCUCGGCUACGAUGACAAUCUGUGAUUCCAUGGUCACCAGGAUUUGAAUGUGGGAAUAUUUUAAUACCAUGAAUACAUAUGAGCAAACAAUUUUAUUCAACACCAUUGUGCAUUUUGGCCCAAAUAAUCAGUUGACCAGUUGUAGCCUUUAAUAAGCUAUUUAUGAAAGUAAUAACUGCUUAUUUCGUUAUUUCUUCUCGUAUAUUUGUGAAGAAUUUUCAAUGUAAAAAUGUAUUUUUACCUGUGUAUAUAUUAAUAUGUAUGCCUUUUGAAGUAAACACUUUCAAACGGA